GUUUUGGUGUGUGAGUGGGAGAUGGACUGAGGGCGCUCUUACGACUGGCAGAGGCGAAGAGCGACUCCAAUAGCCAGAACUGUUGAAAUAAUAUACGUCGUCGAUAGCCCACACCAGAAGCAAAAUAAGUCGACCAUCUUUCACAUCUACUUCACACACACUAACACGGCAUUGAUGGUAAUGUAUGCAAGGAAACAACCGAGACUCGGCGAUGGGUGCACCGACCGAAGGGAUUCUCAGCCCUAUCAGACUCUUAAGUAUUCAUCCAAGAGUCAUCCCGAUCACCGACAUGAGAAGAUGCGUGAGAACGACGCGACGCCACCGUGCAAGAUGCUGCGGCGAUCAGACAGUCCAGACAAUAAACACAUGGACAGCACCGGCCACGGCAGAGCAAAAGCCAUCCACCCACACCGGGGAAGAGACAGAGAAGGAGGGACCAAUAUAUCCCCUCAAGAGAACUCUCAUAAUCACAGCUCCAACUCUCAUUCAAACCCCAACAAAUCAUCAGACACCCCUUAUGAACCAGCAGAUGAUUGGUCUGAACACAUCAGUUCUUCAGGAAAGAAGUACUACUACAACUGCAGGACGGAGGUGUCUCAGUGGGAGAAACCUAAAGAGUGGUUGGAGAGAGAACAGAGGCAGAAGGAGGCAACUAAGACUGCUGCAGUGGUCAACAGUUUCCCUAAAGACAGGGACUACAGGCGUGAAGCCAUGCAGGCUACACCCACCAGCUUCUCCAGCACUAAGUCUGCAGUUGCCACAGAGAAGCCUUCCUCCCUCACAUCCUCCUCUUCAUCUGCUGCUGUGUCUGGCUUAAGUGUGGCCAAUUCAGCCAGUGGUGCCUCUGGCUCUACAAUCCCAGUUUCUCCGGUGAUGCAGUCGCCGGCCCCACCUACUCUUCUCCAAGACCCCUCCCUCCUACGCCAGCUCCUUCCAGCUCUGCAAACAGCCCUGCAGCUGAACAAUGCCAGUGUAGACAUGGCCAAAAUCAAUGAAGUUCUCACGGCUGCAGUAACUCAGGCUUCGCUGCAGUCCAUGCUCCAUAAGAUCCUGACUGCUGGUCCGUCUGCCUUCAACAUCUCUACUCUGCUCUCCCAGGCUACUCAGCUGUCCAGCCAAGCCCAGCAGUCCAGCCAGUCUCCAAUGUCUCUAACGUCAGAUGCUUCAUCUCCUCGGUCGUACGUGUCUCCCAGAAUCAGCACACCUCAGACCAACACAGCCUCUCUAAAACCACCCCUCAGCACCACACCGGUCUCUUCACAGACCAAGAUGAAUGCUAUGACAAUGAAGUCCAGUUCUCUCCCUCCACCCUCGUCUCAGCAGUCCCUUCCCACAGACAAACAUCACGACAAUGGCAAUUCUCCACGAAUUCUGCAGAGACAGAGCAGUCAGAGGAGUCCGUCUCCGAGUCCGAACCAUGUGGGUAGUAACAGCGGCAGUAAUAAUAGCGGUGGUGGUCAAGGACCGGGUGCAGUCAGUGGAGCGAUGCCCCCGGGCUCAGUACCUGCCGGUGCAGCCCCAGGCAGACCAACAUGUUCCUUCACACCCACGCUGGCCGCACACUUCAACGAGAACCUCAUCAAACAUGUGCAGGGAUGGCCCGCGGAGCAUGUGGAGAAACAGGCUUCACGGUUACGUGAGGAGGCUCACACUAUGGGCAGCAUCUAUAUGUCCGAGAACUGCACAGAGCUGAAGAACCUGCGCUCACUGGUGCGAGUGUGUGAGAUCCAGGCCACGCUGCGUGAGCAGAGGAUACUAUUUUUGAGACAACAAAUUAAAGAACUUGACAAGUUGAAGAAUCAAAAUUCCUUCAUGGUUUGAGGAACUCUGGGUUUGUGAUGUGGUUUUGAAACAGGAGGAGAGAGGGGUAGGUGAAUGAGUGGGGAAACCCAUUUCAUGUGCGUGGAACCCUGGAGAACCAAAGUUCUGUUGCGUUCUGCUCUGGGCCCAGUCUUUCAUUUAACGAGCUGCAGCGAGGUCUUUCUUGAACUGAGGGUGGGGGAAAGGGGAGGGGGUGGAGAGCAGUGGCUGAACUGGGGUGGAGAGGAGUUUUUGCAGGUUGCCCCCAACCCGCCCCUCUAUAUGUAGAUUAUUUGUAGAUGUUAUUUCCAUGUUGUACAUAUGUUUUGUAGAUGAAGCAAUGUGAAGCCAUGCCUAUCAAAGCUUUUGACAUCCAAACGUUAACUAAUCAGCACCAAGGUAGACUGAGAUCUUAAGUGCCCUCAUUGCCACCAAAUGUAAUGCAGAUUUUAAAAUGAGAUUGUUUAAAAAAACAAAUACUCUUCAGUAAAAUGAUCUGUGAACCAUUGCCUUGAGCAUGUACCAGACCUGCAUGGAAAAGGUGGACUAAUCGACCGGGACUAUUAACGAGGAUGAUGACACACACACUUUGUCUUCUCACAACUGUGCACAUGUAUCCACCAGAUCAUUUUCUUUCUCGACAUAUGAAAAUGGUAGUAAUUCUACAUGUUUUUUUUUGGUUAGUUUAUCUAUUACUUUCUCUGGUUGCACUAUAAUGGUUUCAUUCCCUCACCCCAUGCCUUUUGAGUGGGUUUACAUCAUGUUUGUCCACGAUGGUUCAGUGGUCUCCUGACUGCCCCAAAGGGCCCCGCUACGCCCAUGGUCAACACCAGUGCCUGCUUAUGUGAUGAAUGAGCAAGAACAACAGAAAGUGCAGAUCGCACACCGACAGCGAGAGAGAGAACCAUUCCUACAGCUCACCCUAAAAGCCCAGCACACUUGCAUCCCGUGUUGUUCCCCCACCCUUCCUCCUUUGGCAAGAGAUGAAGACUGGUUUUCUCCCAGAAUCCUCUUUUUUUCUUUUCUACUAAUCUUUCCAGAUUAUUUUCUUUUUCUUUUCUGUACCCUUGUUUUGUUUAAAAACUGUACUUAAGAAAAAGGGAAAGAAAAGAACGCGAGGUGUUUAUGGAAACUUGCGUUAAAAACCAGAGUUCAUUCCUAUGUACAUUUGCUAAGUAAUAAUGAAGUUAAAGUUUUAUUAAAAAUUGCAGUGAUUACUAGU